GUUAAGGAUUUCCCCCCGUCCAAACCAAAGCAGCGGAUCUCGGAGAUAGAGAGGAGGGAGAGCGGACGUGGUGGCGUGUGGAGGUGGAGGAGGAGGAGGGGGAGGAAGAGGAGGGGGGGGGACUUGAUGCUGCGUGACACGCUGCGUGUGACAUACAUGCAUCCGGGUGAUGGACCGCUCUCCCGCGACUGAAAUAGUAACUGCCAUUGUGACGGACCAGGACUUUAAACUAUGGGGGUGACCCAGCGGGAAAACAUCAGGGAGGAAGACAAACACCUCUCCCCGGUUGUUAUGAUAUAUUUGAGGAAUCGUUCUCCCUCUGUUCUAUAUGUGGACCUGUUCUCUCAUUUGGGACCACUGUUAGAAUUUGACCACUUGACACUGAGGAGUUGUUCCCCCUCCGUCCAUGUUCCAGGACUUGCUCUCUCUGUCUGCCUCCAUUCUCUGCCUUUACUGCACUAAAGAUUAGCUGUUGACUCUCCUGUAGUAUGGUCAUGAAUUUGAUGAGGAGUGGAGCUGGCUGGCUGCGGAAGAGGAAAUGUCCCCACCGCCGUGUCAUUCCAGAUGUGACUGACAAGUCGUUCUAUGUCGCCUCCUGCUUCGAGUCCUGCGCCGUUCACCUCGGAGAGACUGUGACACCAUGGCUUUGGUUAUGGAACCUAUAAGUAAAUGGACACCAAAGCAAGUGCUGGACUGGAUGAAAGGUCUGGACGACUGUCUCCAGCAGUACGUGAAGAGUUUCGAGCGGGAGCAGAUGGGAGGAGAGCAGCUGCUGCACAUCACCCAUCAGGAGCUGGAGGAGCUGGGUGUCACCAGAAUAGGACAUCAGGAGCUCAUCCUGGAAGCUGUCGACCUCCUCUGUGCCCUGAACUAUGGCCUCGAGACGGAGAACCUCCGGACUCUGUCACACAAGCUGAACGCUUCAGCGAAGAACCUCCAGAAUUUCAUCCUGGGCCGGCGGAGGGGCGGACACUACAAUGGACGAGCUUCCCGGAGGCUACCCAAUGAUUUUCUUACCUCUGUGGUGGAUCUGAUUGGUGCAGCCAAGAACCUCUUAGCCUGGCUUGACAGGUCUCCGUUUGCCAGUGUGACAGAGUAUUCAUUACUGAAGAACAACAUUGUGCAGCUCUGCCUAGAAUUAACUACUAUUGUACAACAGGAUUGCACUGUGUAUGAGACAGAGAACAAGAUUCUCCAUGUGUGUAAGACUUUAGCAGGGAUAUGUGACCACAUCAUCUCUCUGUCGUCGGACUCUCUGGUCUCCCAGUCCGCCCACCUGGAGGUGGUCCACCUCACCAGCAUCAUGCCGAGCGAAGGGCUGGGGAUGUAUAUCAAAUCGACCUAUGACGGACUCCACGUGAUCACCGGAACCACAGAGAACUCUCCAGCAGACCUGUGUAAGAAGAUCCAUGCGGGCGAUGAGGUGAUCCAAGUCAACCAUCAGACAGUGGUGGGCUGGCAGCUGAAGAACCUGGUCAACGCUCUGAGAGAGGACCCGUGCGGAGUCAUCCUCACGCUGAAGAAAAGACCCCAGAACACCCUGAGCUCCACGCCGGCUCUGCUCAGGAACGUCCGCUGGAAACCGCUGGGCCUGCAGCCGGUCCCCACCAGUCCCACCAGCACCUCGCCGACGCCCGGGGGCACUCUGGGCAUGUCCAAAAUGGACGCCCCCAGCAUGCAGGACGUCUACAUCCUCUCUCCUGUCUCUGGACUCUACGGCACCAGGGAGGAGAUGGGUCUGAUGUCAUGUGAUGACAUCAGCCGCUACAGCUCCCAGUCUGGCUCUAAAGGCUCCGAGGCAGUCAGCUACUACCUGGACCAGGACAGCGGCCAGUUCUUCUCCCUGCUGGAGGGAGACGGACCCCCAGGGCCCGAUUACGACAGGGGCCGCAAUACGGGGGUUCGCCGGAGGGACAAAACCCCCACCCAUGGUGACCUCAGGCCUGUUUCCAUGCCUCCCGAAUAUAACUGGAUGGCCGAGGCCAAGGAACCCAGCAUGGGCAAGAGAGGGAGCCGAGAUUCAGACAACUCCCUGCUGCGUUACCUUAGCGACGACAAGAUCCUGGUGAUCGAGGAGGAGCCGGAGGUUCCGGGCAGAGAGAGCCGGCGGGAUUCCACCAGACGCUCCCGGCGCAAGAGCCGCAAUCCCAGCAGCCCUAGCUUUCCCAUCAGCCCCUCCAUGCUGUCCUCAACCCUGCGCCUAGACCAGCCUCCUGACGCUUUGUCUCGAGGUGCGGACACGCUGCGAGCGGACACAACAGACAGAUACUCCGGCUCAGGAAGCUCAGGAGCGGCCUCCAUGAGGAAGUCCUUCCAUUACACCUCUCUAAGAACGAAAACCAAAAAGCGAAGUAAAGGUUCCCUCACCAGUGCCAGUCGAAGGAGAAUUUCCUGUAAGGACCUGGGCCACGGUGACUGCGAGGGCUGGCUGUGGAAGAAGAAGGAUGCCAAAGGCUACUUCACCCAGAAAUGGAGGAAAUACUGGUUCAUCCUCAAAGAGUCCUGCCUCUACUGGUACACCAACCAGAAUGAUGAGAAGGCUGAGGGCUUCAUCAGCCUCCCAGAGUUCAGAAUAGACCGAGCCAUAGAGUGCAGACGGAAAUUUGCCUUCAAAGCCUGUCAUCCAAAAAUCAAGAGCUUCUUCUUCGCCACAGACUGUCUUGAGGAAAUGAACAGGUGGAUGAACCGGCUGGGGCUCGCUGCUAUUGGCUACACACCAGACGACAAGGUGCCACGCCCCGAUGAAGACUACUGGAGUGAGAGUGAUCAGGAUGAGGUCGACGGCUCAAUGACGCUCAAACAAGAGGGACCCUCAUCCCUCUGUGAUACCUAUCACCGCACACCAUCAGUCAACUCCUCCAGCCCCUUCCCGGAGCCCAAGCACGGGCGACAUUUCUCCAGCGAGUCCACGCACUCCCACUCCUCGGCCGAGGACCAGCGUGGAGAUGGCAUGGGCAUGGGCACAGGCACAGGCAGCACCAGUACCCACUCAUCAGGCUGCCGCUCAACCCACCGUGAGCGACGUUCCUGGCAGGACCUCAUCGAGACCCCUCUGACCAGCGCAGGGCUGCACUUCCUGCAGACAGCACCGGGGGAGAGCGAUUACGGAGGCCUAAUGGGGAGCAUGGCAGGAGAGAUGGGGCUCUACGGAGGGCUGGGCAGGCAGGGCAUGUCCCCGGAGAGACGCAGGCAGGCCACGCUCCCCGUACGGAGACACCACGCCGCAGAGAGGGACAGGGAGCGGGACGGGCCCUUCCCUCUGGAGCGAGGUCCACACUCACACAGCCACACACACCGGCGCUCGCACAAGCAGCGCAGCCAGAGUCUGCCCAGGAACAGGGACCCGAUGCCGGGGAAGCUGAUACACACCUCAGCUCACAUGGAGGAGAGGAGCGAGGACGAGGAGGCAGAAGGGCAGGCUGCAGAUAUGCUCCAGGGUGAGGACGACCUGAGGGAGUUGAGGGUGGAGAGCAGAGAGAGGAGGGUGUCGGAGGGAAGAGAACGGCGGGUGUCGGAGGGUCGCGAGCCGGAACCGCUGGACGGGCUGGAGCAGCUGUACCGGGCCCUGGAGCAGGCCAACGUGAAUGCCCUCGGAGACCCGAGACCCUGUAGCAGGCAGGAGCUUCGACGCUGUUUCACCCAGAGAGCCAGGGACCCGCUGCUCAAUGACAGGCUGCACCGAGUCCGAGCCCUCCGCAGCACCUUGAAGGCCAAAGAGUCGGAGCUGGCGGUAAUCUGCGCCCUCCUGGAGGACCCUGGCCUGUGCUCCCAGACCUUCAGAGAGUGGAAGCAGUGGCACAGCGAGCUCUACUCGGACAUCUGCCAGCUCAGCCCGGGCACCAACGGCCAGGACGACCUCUCCCCGCUGGCCGCACCUCUCAUGACCCACACACACUCCUUCAUCGAGACACAUGUGUGAGAAAGAGAAGAGAAACAAAGACUGAACUGACACACACACACACACACUUAGUUCCACAAACACACACACGCACACACACAUCUAAAACACACACACACACACAGACAGAAACACACAGAGCUUUACAUUAGCUGAAUUCUGAUCACGACCCUGAGCACGCAUUCACACAAAAACACACACAGAUACACACACACACACACACACACACACACACACAGGAACACACAUUGUAAGAUGUGUAAAUAUCAUAGAGAGAACAGUCUGAGACCUGCGUGUAUGAACUUUUGAUAAUCCUGAGGACCCCACAGGGUGCCUAUUGCAUGCCUGAACAGAAAGCAUUAAUCUUCCUUUGUCUAUGGAACUGAAGCAUAAACUCCACACGCUUGUCGAGCAAAAUGGGAAAAAAGGAGACUUUUUAACACGUUGGUUCCUUUGUAUUCUCUCAGUUUUGCUAUAUAUAUUUUUUUUUGUUUUUCCUCUUAAUUUCAAGGGGGCAGGGGGAGCUAUGUAGCAGCAAUACAGAGGAGAAUCCUUUUCACCACAGCACUGUACUAAUUUUGUACUGAUGAACUUUGCACCCAGAGCCACCAGUUCUCCCCCUUUCUCUCUCUAUCGUUUCUUUUUCUUUUUUUCUUUUGUCUUUCAUUCUCUCACUGCAUAGCUCGUUGAUUUACAGGGACCUCACUUGUUAUUCCAGGCUGAUCUGACUGACUGACUGACGGGACAGUGGUGGAAAUGUGACUUUAAGCGUUUAAGACUGUGAAAGGUAGCCGUCAAUGCUGGUUUAUCUCGCUUUAGAUGAAAACGAGCGUCGCCAGCGUUGAAGGAACCAUUGUGCCGGCUAGAUGCACACUAUUUCAAACUGUGAACUGUUAAAAAAAAAUUUAAAAAAACCACACACACACACACAAUUUUAUCCGCAGAAGGAGGCUCCUCUGGUAGUGUGCACUUCUACGAUCCAUCCUCUCCCUCUCUUUUCUUUCUCUUCAUCUCUCUCUGUGUUUCUGUCCGUCUCCUCCUUCUCUUUUUUCUUAAUUGUUCCUUCGUUUCCUCUCUCUCUCUUUCUCUCUGUCUCUCUCUCUCUCCUUCUCUCUCUUUCUCUCUCUCUCUCUCUCUCUCUCUCUCUCUCUCUCCUUCUCUCUCUAGUCCUCAAAGACUUGUGUAUAUGUGUAUACUGCUGUGUAUACUGAUGUAAAUGUUUGCGUUCCACUACCACUGUGAUAUGCUUCUAGAGGUAGCGGAGGGAAGACAGAGAGUAUGUAUUUGCGUGGGUGCAAAACAGAUUUUUUUUUUUAAUUUUCUCUUUUUUGUCUUUUUAUUUAAGUUUUUUUUUAAACAGCGAAUGCAAGAGCUAGAGAGUUCUUUUCAAACGGAGUCACUCACUACAAAGAAUGCACUUUCUAUAUCUCUAUAUCUCAUUGGCUGCAUCACAGGGUCUAUGUCUCAUUGGCCUCUUUACCAUUGCUGUUCAAAAUAUCAGGUAAAAGCAUUUGCCGUCUCAUUUUCUAAAGAUUUGUGUACAGUCUACAAAUAUAUUUAAACAUAGAAGAAUAUAUAAAAAUCUAUUUACGUUUUGUGUCAUAGAUAUAAUGUAAAGUAUGAUGUAUUCUAUGCCAAGGUUUUGCAGUGUCCCCCUCUUCACUCUGUAGACGCAGGGUGUUUUUCAGUUGAAUAACUAGGAGGCAGACGACGACAGGUUGACAGAUGGUUUUUACUGGUUUACAUCACGGCUGACCCUUCUCCUGGUGAUGUGUUGCAUGAGAAAAGGCCUGGGACUGAUUUGAUUGGACGGGGUAAAAUAUUGUGGAUCAUUUGUGUUCUUCUUUUUUUUCCUCCUGCUCUUUUUUUUUAUUAAUUUACUUCCUCUCACGAUUGCAAGACAAAUUAGACUUGUAGCGCAUGAUACAUGCAAAAGUACUGUUGAAGAAUGACUUUUUAUUUAUAUGUUCAUAGAUUUGAUGUUCUUUUUUGUCAUUAGAUAGUGUUUGAAGACACACACUGUACAAUGACUGAGGGAGGCAUUUUUUUCCCCUGCUCAGUUGUCUCAUGCAGAUCCUCCUUUAGCAUGCUACCAGGAGGUUUCAAUUUGAUGUUUUUUGUUGUUUUUUUUGGUUUAUAUAGAAAGCCUUUGACGCGUGUCCAAAGGCUUCAGGAAUCUUACCUGACAGACAACAGUACAGUCUAACUUCUAAAAACGAAAGGUAUUUCGACAUUCCCUCCUAGCAUAUGGUUGAUACUGGGCAGUCAAAGACCUGUACACUGAAUGGUCUGCAAUGUCUGUGAAACUCGGAUGAAUCAUUUCAUCUGCAAUAUCAGGCCAAGGACUCAACGGUGCCCCCCAGUGUCGAGGACUCUGAGAGACAUGCGUAGCACCUGCUGCAACCAGCACUAUCUGUACUUAUUCUUCAUACUUAACUGUAAUCCUUUGAGUGUAGGUUCAGGUUUUCUCAUCAUGUCACACUGUCGUGAAAAAUAUCAAGGACACACCCCCAGAGAUAUAGCUCAUGUUUUUUGAACAGUUAAUUUGAGAGUACCACAAAGAAACUAAAUGAUGCAAGCACUUUCCCUGUGCCUCCCAAACCCUCUCUUUUGGCAACGACGGACUGACCAUACCGGCGAUCCUACACACACACACGCACACACACACACACACACACACACACACAGCUGUAGAAGAGUUACGAUACAGUUUUAGUCUGCAGACCUCUCUCUGCGUUUCUCAUCCGUACUGUUGGUCUUCUUUUUUCCAACCGCUGCUCCGCUGAGCAGGCGACAUACUGUAGAAUAAGGAGUGCGCGUUAGGAUUUGUAGGCACAGACUGUGUUAAUCCCUCCCAGAUCUUUGUGUGUGUAGACCUGCAGAAACAGGCCGAAAAGGGAGAUUCCACUGUGUGUUCUUUCAGGGGUGUACACCUCAUGGUACAUUGCACAGGUGUGUAAGAUGUAAGUUGCACUGCGACAUUAAAAAAGGAACAUAUUGCUCUUUUUCAAGGAUAAUAUUAGCUUACUGUUAUUCUGUACAUUAAACUGACUAAAGAUGAAAUGAAAAAAGAAAGAAAAUGACAUUUAUUCUUCCUAAAGUAGCCUUUUUUGGUUUCAUAUAUAUGAAUAUAUAUUACAAAAAAUACAGAUUGUAAACUUAAGUUGUUAAACUUUGACUUCAAUAAACUGAAUCCUCUGCACUA